AUGGCCGUGGCAAAUACCGAAGGUCUCCUGGAAUGGGCCAAGGCCAACGGAACUUCAUUAUCACCCAACGUCGAAAUAUACAAUGACGAUGUCACGGGACUCUCAUUUCGCGCUGCUGACGAUAUACCGUCUUCAACGAGCCUUGUGAAUUGCUCGUACACAACUACACUCUCGUAUCUGAACGCAGCCGAAGUCUCGCCCUUUCAACGGCAUUCUGCCCCUUUUCCCACCAACUUUCUAGAUGGGUUGAGAAGAGAGGAUCCCAAUGUUGUCGGCCAUUUCUUCCUCGUGCAGCAAUACUUGCUGGGUAAAGACUCAUUUUGGCGUGAAUAUGUGAGGGUUUUACCUCAGCCGGACAGUAAAGAGGCAUCUGGACUUCCGGUUUUGUGGUCUGAGGAUGAUAGGAGGUGGUUGGAUGGAACGAAUGCGGAGCCACCGCUUCAAAAGAGAAGGAACCUGUGGGAGGAAGAGUGGAAGAUGGGGAUGGAGCUGUUGAGAGAAGGCAGCUGGGAGGGCUACGAAGAUUAUUCGUUUGAAUUGUACCAGUGGGCGGCAAGCAUUUUUGGCAGUAGAAGCUUCCGGGCAUCUCUGACGAUACCCGAAGAGAUUAUUCAGUCUACCAAGAUGUUACCGGAACAUUACGCUCUGAAUCUGGAACAUAUCCAGAAGGAUCGCUUCUCAGUCCUGCUUCCUGUUAUGGACAUCGGUAACCACAAUGGCGUCAACCAGGUUGACUGGUCCAAAGGAGCUGAUCAAUUCAGUCUCAAAAGUCGAAUUGUUCUGACUCGGAAUUCUCAAAUAUACAACUUUUACGGCGACAAGUCCAAUAGCGAAUUGCUCGUCGGAUAUGGCUUCACGCUGCCAAACCGCGAAAAAGAUACUGUGAAUCUCAAAUUGACUCCAGGAGCCGAAUCUAUUCGGCUUCGACGCUCUCAGACUUCUCAUAUCAUCAAUAUCAAUCAACCGGAGCAAGAAUUCAUGUUCCAUGUAAAACUGCCUGCCAAGACUGUGCCUCUUGACCAACUCUUGCAGCUGCAGGUCUUCUCCUCGGGCCUCAUCGACACGAUGUCUUGCAUGGUGGCAAACAAGAGAGAGCGAAGGUUUUUGCAAGCGAAUCUCCAGUGCUCCUUGGAAAAAAAAUCUUUCAGCGGCCCAUUGUCCAGAAAUAUAGUUCUCGUCCUUCGGAUUCUACGGGAUAAGCUCCAGUACGAAUUAUCAAGGAUUCAAACAUUCGGCGGAGGUCUCAGUCAUGUUGAGCUCCUGUCUUUAGAGUGUGCAUUCGCUUGGUUGCAGCUUAAUUACCCGGACCUUGCAGCUCAAGCUUUCAAGAUUAUCUCCGAGGACCAGGACGAGCCUUUGCCUCUGGACUGGGCAGUGUUAGUAGAGGACUGGGAUCAUUCAUACUGGACUGUGUGGAUAUACAUACUAUGGACGCUGCGUCUACAGAACAAGAAAGAAUUUGAGACUCGCCAUCCUAAAUUGGGGGUAUGGAUGUCAGGCAUGGAUUUAUCGUACGAUGAAGAGCUAGCCAGUGAUGUCUCUGCUGAGAAGUUGUACGCAGACCAAAGCGAGCAAGAAACAAUUGACGGCAUGAUAAACAACCUCACAUCUCAAUCUACCGGACAGUCGGCAUGUACUGCGCGGCUGCGUAACUUUGCGAGCUACAUCUCUCUAGAAGAAACCGUGCCCAUGAGCUACCAGAUGCCGUCUGGCACCAAGGCCAACGAGUUUGUGGCGCAGAAGCUCCUAUGUGUUACAAAGAUAGAGCGAAGUGUUCACGAUGACAGACCGACAUCAGGGCCUUGGACUCGUUUCUUGAAUUCAAUUGGAUCUUGA